CUGCCGCUGCUGCUGCUGCUGCUCCAAAUACUUUAUUUGACAUGGUUCCGUAUCUUAUAAUUCUCUCUUCCUUCUACUCUUCGUCGUCUCUCUAUUUGGGUUUCCCUGAAGUCUGAACCACGGCUUGAGCUUUCGUCCGCCAUGGCCGUCUAAGCUCUAUCUUAUCUCUCCUCUAGUUUGUAAUAUUUUUUCCUUCACAGGUUGUUUAAGCUGCUGGUUUUGAAAAGGGAAGGAGUGGCACCACAACUUGGAAUGUCUAACAGUGAGGAUUCUGGUAGCCCUGGAUGGAGUGCUUCACUUUUCAUGCAGACAACUGAGGAUGUUGCAAGAGCUGUUGCAGCUGCAGCCACUGCUGUUCGCUCUCCACGUCCAUCUGUAGUAUUUUCAUCCAAAGAUGAUAGUAACAGUCAACUUCAGAAACUGCAGCGCCAUGUUGCAAGAGUAUUAAAAGGUUUCUCACCUCCUCUUGAAGUGAAAAAGAGUAAUUACAAUCCAGAAGUUCUAACCAGUCAAAAGCGUCAAUGGGCAAACUUUCAGUUGCAGUCCUUGGAUCAAAGGUCUGUGAAAGAGCCAUCAAGGCUGUUUGAGAGUAUGGUAGUUGUUGGACUUCAUCCAAACUCAGAUAUUCAGGCACUUCAAAAGCAGAUAUUUGCCAGAAGUUCUGAAGGCUCGGGGAAAUUUCGAAGUGCACUGAGCCAGAACCAAGCUCGUGUAGAACCUAACCUUGAACCUCAGGUUUUGUUUGUAUAUCCUCCAGAAAAACGGCUACCACUCAAAUAUAAAGAUCUACUUUCAUUCUGCUUUCCUGGAGGUGUGGAGGUUCAUGCUGUUGAAAGAACUCCUUCAAUGAGUGAGUUGAAUGAAAUACUGCUUGGGCAGGAACACUUCAAACAAAGUGACCUAUCCUUUGUAUUUCGUUUACAGGUGGCUGAUGAUUCUACCUUAUACGGAUGCUGUGUGCUAGUUGAAGAACUUGUGCAGAGACCUUCAGGGCUGGUUUCUAUGAUUUCUGACAAGCAAACUUUCUCAUUGUGUUUAAGCCGUCAUAUCUUGACGACCACUCGUUGUUAUUGCAUUCUGUCAAGGCUUCCGUUCUUUGAUUUGCAUUUUGGCGUACUAAAUAGCAUCUUCACUGAAGAAAGGUUGGAACGGUUAACAAAAAGUAUUGGUAUAUUAGAUUUGGAAUCAUUGGGGACUUUCGGCAAAGAAGACUCACAGAAAAAGCCUGACAAAAACUUGCCAAAGGACAACCAUGUGGAGGACAUUCCAAAUGGACCAACUGACACUUCUGAAAUAAGUACUGGAGGUUCUACUUCUAGCAAAACUGCAGAGGAUGGGAAAUAUUUGGAGCAUCAAAUCCUUGAAGGGCAGAAUGACUUAUUGAGUGAAGGAGUCCAUUUUGAUGCUGUUUUCCCAAUAAAUUCUGAAGCGGUGAUGUUUAUACCUGAAGAGAGACAAGUUGUUGAAAUGCAGAUCUCUGAUGUUCAUACUAUCUCCAUUGCUGAAUCCAUGAGAGAUGAGCAAAAUAUUGAAAGGCAUUUACCAGAGGCUGUUCUGCCACUUCUGCGUUUUCAUCAAUAUGAAAGCUCUGAAUCUUUCAUCAGUUUCCAGGGUUCACCUUGUGAAGGUAGGAACUUUAGGAGUGAAGGGGAUCAAGAGGACAUUGAAGAGGCUUCUUCCUCUGGCCAGGAAGAUUCAAGUGAUCACAAUGAGAUUCUUGAGUGGGCAAAGGCAAAUAAUCAUGGGUCCUUGCAAAUAAUAUGUGAAUAUUAUGGCUUACGCUGCCCUGCUAGAGGCACAACACUUACAUUCCGCCAUCUGGAUCACCUGCAUCCUUUGGAAUUUCACAGACCUUGUGAAACAGUUCUGCACAUUGCCAGCUCAACUAUUGAUUUAAGAUCCUGCAGCACAAGCUUGGAAUUAGCAGAGAUUUAUCAGGCACACACUGCACUUUUGGCAGAAGAGGAAGCAACUGCUUUAUCCGUCUGGACUGUUGCAUGUGUAUGUGGCUCCUUGCGGCUUGAAAAUGUGUUAACAAUGUUUGCUGGGGCACUUUUGGAGAAGCAAAUUGUGGUCGUUUGCUCUAAUUUGGGUAUUCUGUCAUCUAUAGUUUUGUCGAUUAUUCCACUAAUUCGUCCGUACCAGUGGCAGAGCCUUUUGAUGCCAGUUUUGCCAAAUGACAUGCUGGAUUUUUUGGAUGCGCCUGUCCCUUAUGUGGUUGGCGUGAAGAAUAAAACUGCUGAAGUUCAAACAAAGUUGGCAAAUGUCAUACUGGUUGAUGCCAAUAAGAAUCAGGUGAAAUCAUCCAGCAUGCCACAGUUGCCCCAGCAUAAGGAGUUAUUUUCUUCUUUAAGUCCCUAUCAUGCAAAGCUUGUAGGGGAAAGCUAUUUAGCAAGAAAAAGGCCAGUGUAUGAAUGCACAGAUGUCCAGAUUGAAGCUGCCAAAGGCUUCUUAGCAGUGCUAAGAUCUUAUCUGGAUUCACUUUGCUCAAACCUAAGGUCUCACACAAUUACAAAUGUGCAGUCCAAUAAUGAUAAGGUCUCUUUGCUUUUGAAAGAGAGUUUCAUUGAUUCAUUCCCAAGCCGUGACCGGCCUUUUAUGAAGCUUUUUGUCGACACACAGCUCUUUUCUGUACAUACAGAUCUCGUUCUCUCCUUUUUCCAAAAAGAAUAGCAUGGCUAUAACAGUAGCCAUGGAGGUUUUUUAAAGAGAAUGGGUGAACUUGCUAGAAGCACUUAUGGAUUUCUUCUUGAGAGAUCCUAUUCUUGUUCUGCGCCUCUCAUCUUUGGAGAUGUCCACAUCUUUUCUUUUUGGACAGGGAUAAUGGUCCUUUUCUCCAUGUUGAAUAGAUGACCAAAACUCUCAGGGGCAUAGAAGGACAAAAUAGGAUUUUAAAUAAUUUAAACGAGUUUAUAUGAGAUGAUGGGAGGGUAUGUUUAAAUCUAAUUGAAAAACUCAAGGUAUGUGUAUGUUUAAAUCGUGAUGGUUCUGGUUAAUUUUCUUGUCAUUUCCACCUAUUUGUAUCGACAGUAUUGGCAAUGAAUCGAUGACUAUUGCUUCUUAUGGGCC